AUGUCAUCCAAACAUACAAUAUUUGCAGAAACAGUGAAUUCCUUCGGUAUCCCACUGAAAUCGAAUGGUAGCAAAGCAACGACGACUGUUAUUGCAAUUCGAGAAACUGAGAAGCCGGACGUACAUGAUAUGAACUAUCUUAGCCACCGCUUUGCUGCCUACGUUGAACGCGUACGAUUUUUAGAAGGUCAAAACCGGAAACUUCAACUCGAGAUCGAUCAAAUACGUUCACAAUGGUCUUCGCAGAAACAUCGAUUGAAAGAAAUGUACGAAAUCGAAGUACGUGAAGCAUGCCAUAUCAUAGAUGAUACAGAAAAAGAUCGUAUCGAAGCUGACCUUCGCGUGAGACACGCCGAACAAGAGCUUACACAAUUAAAAGACAAAUUUACAUCAUUAGUUGGAAAAGGCUCUGAUCGACGAAAAAUCGACCAGUUACAAAAGCAGAUAUGCGACAACGAAGCAGAUCUCCAUCUAUUUCAUCGUCGUCUAAAUGAUUUACAAGAAGAACAGAAACGUUAUCGAAUGACCUCUCAAGAUCUUAUCUUAGAUAUUCAACAGAUAACCAAAGAAUUAGAUCAUGAAAUCAUUACACGAGUUCAAUUAGAAAAUCAAAAAGAAAAACUCGAAGAGGAGAUUGAGCUUUUGAAACGUCUUCACGCACAAAAAAUCGAACAAAUUAAACAAAUGAGUUUAAUCAAUGUAUCAUUCGAUCCAACCAAUCUAUUUGAACAUCAAUUAUCGGCGGCGAUUAAAACUAUCCGCACAGAAUAUGAUCAACGGAAUUAUCAUCUACGAAAUGAAUUAGAAGCGUGGUAUCAAUGGAAAGUCGCGCAAGCAAUUCAAGACGUACAAUCCUGUCGAGCAAUUGAACAAACAGAAAGUGUUCGUAGCAAAGAUGAAUUUCGAAAAUUAGAAGUAUUGAUAUCGGAAUCUCGACAAGAUAUAGCGGCAAUGCGACAAAGGAAUGGAAGUAUUGAAAAUCGUAUUCGAGAGUUGGAAAAUUCGAUUCGUGCAGAACGAGAUGGUCAAAUUCGUGCAACGAACGAACAUUAUCAUCAAAUACAAGAUUUACAAACACGUCUCGAUGAACUAGAUCGGGAUUAUACUGAUUUAAUGUCAACAAAAUCAUCUCUUCAUUCAGAAAUUGUUGGUUAUCGAAAAUUACUUGACGGAAAAGAGCACAGCGCAAGUUUUGCACCAUUAUCAACGCAACCACUCAAUCAUUUACAGAGUGAAAGGCCAUGUACAGAUUCAUAUCCACGGUUCCGCACGAAAACUAACAGCGGUCCAGCUCUCAGAAAUAACUAUUCAAUUCUCACGCCUUCUGUACCAUUCAGAUCAGUGGAGUCAGCUCAAACGGAAACGACCAUAUUCGACAAAGUCUAUGGUAGACAUCGACGUCCAUUGACAAUUAGUUCUAAUAUACCAUGGACGUCCAUCGUUGAACAUUCAUGGUCACAACAAUGGAAUGAAGGUGAUGUUAUUCAAACCCGAAGUUUCAAGGCGAAGACUUUUUACGAGGCUAGUCACAUACGAGGACUUCGACGUCGAAAAUCCAUCACACCACCGAGCUCAGACUAUACAGAUGCCUAUCUAUCUAUGUUUGCUCCAAAACCAAGUCCCAGGAGAUCUAUGCAUCGCCUAACGACUCCAAUCUUUACGAAUGUUGAGCCACUUCCAUCGGUAUCGAGGCGAAUAGAUUUAUCUACGGACAAUGAAUUUAGAACGAGCGAAACUCGUUUUAAUCCUGUAAACAGUAUACUAACAUCGAAUUCAUUUGAUCGCGCCAAUCCAAUUCCAGCACCUCCAUCUAACCUUUUCUCUGUUUCAUCUAAAAAGUCGUCGUCAUUUGAAAACCAACUAUCGGAUUCCAAUUAUUCAUCGUCGAAGGAAAUAACUGAUGUUCAGCCACAACCAUCUUCAUCUGCAUAUCUGGUUACUGAUCGUUCUGAGUCGCCGUAUGAAAAUACUGCUAGGAUGACACCACCUACUGAUCGUAUUCCAUCACUAUCGUCGUCACCAAAACCUUCUGCAUCCCGACACUCAUCAUUAGUCAAUGACACCGAUCAAGACGAUGUUAAUCUAGAAAAGGUUGAAAAAUCGAACACAUCUUUAAUGCUUACCGAGAAAGGUACUCAUCUAACACCGAUUAUGACGUCUACAUUGGAGUCAGCAAUAAUGCCUACAGAAACAAAACCCGAACGAGAACGUUCGCCAUCAGUUGAUCUAUCUGUCGUUGCCGCUAGGCCUAUUGAAAUGCUUGAAAAUACUAUUACGAAAUAUGACACAUUAAUUAAUGAUAUUUCAGACAUUCUCGCAAGCGUGUCACCCAUACAUUCUACGUUGAGUAGUAUGAGUUCAAACAAAAAUGUGGUGGAUCAUGAAGUUUCUUCGGAUAAUUCACCAACGAUACCACCGAAACAUGUUGAAACGCAAAAACUGCCCGGACUCGUUAAGAAACCAUGUAUACAACGAGCGAAAAGAAAGGACAUGAUUCGUGGUGAUUCUUACAGUAAGAUUAUCACUGCUAUUAUAGAUCUGGAUAAAGAAAUGACUCCACCAACGGACAUUUCGAAACCACCUUCGAUUGAACAGAUCAAAGAAGAAGUGGAAACUGAACCGAUGGACGAAGACAGAACUCUGACAUUGUCAAAUGAUACUAAGCAAACUGCGACGAUGGCAUUGACAACUGAACGACAACAGCAAAUACCGUUAGUAAUCGAAAGUACCACGACUAAUAAGAUGAGUUCGAUAAGUGAAAAUCAAAUGAAAAAAACUCAGGAAGAAACAGUGAUAGACGUCCCAGAUGAUGAUAAUCACCAUGGAAUGGAAGAAGGCGUGCCCUCUGAGCCAUCAAUGAAUCUGAUCGAACAGGAGCACAUGUAUGAAUCCGAUAAACAUGGUUCAUCCAUUUCUGCUGAAGUACUUGUUUCCGCCAUCCAAGGUGUUGUUCAAGAACAUCUAUUGAGCCAGCCACCGCUUGCAGAAACCAUUCCUGAUGCACCGCAUAUUCCAGAAGUCAGUACGGCUAAGCUUCAACUUGCUCCACUAAAGGCCCGAACUAAAUUUCGUGUGCGACAAAUCAAAUCGAUCAGUUCGAUCGAAGCAUCAUCAAGUUCUUCAGAACUUGCUGAUCGACGAACAACCUCACUGGACUCAGGCGACUUUCAAAUUGGUCAAAAUGAACCACUAGAUAUCACGAACGAUGCUCUAAAUCCUCAACUCGUCGCCACAAUUGAGUUAUUUCAACAGGAUGCUUCAUCUGCUGAAGAGCGUCCUGUCAAUAUAGAAAUUGAUGUUCAAGUAGUGCCAGAGAAUGAAGCAAAUCAAAAUGAAAUUAUCAUAUCACCAGGUAAUAUCAUAGAAGAUGAAGCGAUCACAAUACCACGGUCGUUGCCAACAAUUGUCAGUCCCAUCGAUCGAUUGUCAGACCUGAUCAGUAAUCGCUACAUAAGUAGUGAUGUCUAUCAUGGAUAUUUAGGUGAUCAUACACAAUUCGUAGAAAAUCCACCAGAAAUUGAUUCUGAAAGUAUUGAGCAAUCUAUUUUGACUGCUCUUCGUCAAACCAUUUCGACACCGAUUACGUCGUAUAUGGAAGCUAUCCAGAAUGUCGUAACAAGCAUGCAAAUGAAGACUCCAGUGGAAAUGAACGAUCAAGAAACAGAUCACUCUCACCAGUAUGAUACUACUCGAAAUAAUGAAAUUAUCCAAACACAUGAAAAUCAUAAGUCAGUAACGAACGAUUCAUCAACACAAAAACAAGAGAAUCUACCAAUGACUCUUUCCGCCGAAUCAAUUUUCACGAAAGAUUUGAAGAAGUCACCUACUCCGUCCUCCAGUGAACAAUUGAAUGAUAGUGCAAUAAAUUUAACAGAAUCGACAAAUACACUGCCAGCUGAAACCGCACAAGGAGCAAUUCUAUUGAAUGAGAUUGAAGCAAAUACAGAACAACGAAAUUCUAACGAUGUUAAAACUCCAUCAGUUGCAGAACCGGUUCUUUUGCCUAUCGAAGAAAUGCAAGCAGUCAAUGUUAUUCCAUCGGCGAGUACUAAUGCGUCGGAAGAGACUACCACUGGUUUCGCCCCUUAUGCCGUAAAUGACACUGACGUGCCCUUUAUAAUCAAUGAUGCAUCAAGCUCAACGACACCGGCUAUCCAAACAGAUUUAGAGGCGUUAGAAAUAAAUGUUAUACCUGGCGACAAAAUCGACAUGAGAAGUCAAGAAGAUAUCUCUGAAAUUGAAUAUGCAUCCAUUGAAUUAACGGAUACUUCGAUUGCUGACGAGAGAUUAGACGAUGCGACACCAUCGUUUGUCAGCGUUGACGAUACACUUGCAAGUAUGGUGUCUUCUACUUCUUUUUCUUUGGCAUGCGAUCAACCAGUGAUCAACAAAACUUCGGAAUUCCAGAUCGUACCUAUUGGAGCUUCUGUAUUGAAAGAAGUCGAACAGAUUGCCCCUUUUGAAAAAUCUCCGACUUUAGCUUCAGAAGAGCGAGCAAGUCCCACAGCAAUAACUUCCAAAAAACUGGCUAUGGAAGACACCAGCCAACUUCCUCCGUCAUCCACCAGUGCAAUUACUCUGGAGAAUACCGAUAUUUUAGCAACGAAGGAAAUGAUUGAACUGAAACCUGCUGUCGAUCAUCAUCAAAGCUCUGAAAAUAUUGUUCAAAAAGUGAUGAAUAACAUCAUCGAAAAGGUUUCAUCACAGCCCGAAAUAACUGAUCGCAUCAGUGAAGAUCCAGCUGUUUUGGAACCGAUAACUAUAGAAAUUGAUAAUGAUGUGUUACAACAGUUGGCAUCAACGAAUAGUGAAUAUGAAAAUGUUGUACCGAAUCUAACCGUUGAUCUUGGGCGAAUAUCUCCGACAAAUACCGAACCGAAUUCUUUCGAAUUAAUUCAUGCUUUACGCGGUCAUAGUAUUGCUUCACCCUUAUCACUUGAUCAACAUUUUCAUCCACAGGAGAAAUCCACAAGUUCAACGACAUCAUCUCCUAUCACCAGUUCAGAUCGCUACGUUUCUUAUGCAAUACAUCAAAUGCAUGAUUCUUCGCAAGAUCGUUUACCAGUCAUACCAAUAUCAGAAGACAUGCCGAACUAUGCCAUUAGAGAAGAAAAACCUUUUCUCCAACCACUACCUGUAGCUCAUCGAUCGGCACUCAAAGACGAUGACUUAACUGAACUCGAUGCAUCGGAUAAUCUAACAUCGCAAUCAGACGACAUACUCUACCGAAGACUGUAUCGUUCAUCGCCAUGUCGAUUAAAAAAUUUAGAUACAAGUAGUACUGACGAAGAUGUUGAUGAAGAAUUCGAAGAACAUGACCUAACAAAUAUUCAUCGUAUUAGUGAUAAAACAACAGAAACAAGUAGUAGUAUAAGUACUCAUGACGAACGUUAUCAUCGUUAUGAUCUUGUGACUACACCAUCGAGCCAUGAAAGUUCACCAGCACUAGCGAAGCAGCAACUUGAUGAUGUUUAUAUUAUACCAGGAUAUCCUGGUUUGUGGCGAACAACAACAGAUGAGGGUGAUACAAAUUUACCAAUCGACUACGAUGCAGAUGAUGAAACCAAAGGAGUUGUUAGAACGCGAAUUGCUGCACCAGUGUCUGAUUCUCUACGACGUCCACUAUCAUUCCAACCUCAUCGCGAUCAAACUAUGAAUUCGAUUCCGACUGAAAUUUUAACUACAGGUAUACCACUACGAUCAGACACACUCGAUGCAUUCAACCAGCCAGCAAACGAACUCGCAUUUGAUAUUUCUGAAGCAGAUAGCUAUCAAACAUGUCCCUCAUCCAUAGCUCGGCCACAGAAACAAGUGGAGCUGACGGAACACAAACAACUACAAAAUAAAACAUGUUCAAGUCCUGAAGAAAGUAUUUUUCUGAUCUGUGAACGUGAACGUGGCGUGUCAUUACCUAUUACGAUGAAUAUUAAUUGUGAUGAAAUUACAUUUCGUCUAUCGACAUCAACACCCAACGAUGCACAACUAUGCCCAUCGAUAGAAACUGAUCUUUCGUCAAAUCUACUUUCGAAACCAAGUUCUCCGAAUCCAACUAGUAUGCCGUCAUUGACUAUUCAAAAGAGUAAUCAACAGAUACCAUCAACUUGGUUAAACAACGUCAAUACAGUUACAACAACUACAGAAGACUCAGAUGGACCACUUCAAUCUCGUGUAACAUUUCAAAAGUCUGCUAAAGGCCCCAUUAGUAUAUCUGAAUGUCAUGCGCAAGGACAUUACAUCGUUGUCGAUAACACCAGUCAGUCAAAAAAUAUUGAUCUUACUAAUUGGAUAAUAUGUCAAGAAAACAAUACGGGCGAGAAAAUACAUUUCACAUUUCCUGAACAUGCUCCUCUCAAAGCGAAUCAUUCACUUAAAAUCUUAGCCAAAGCAUUUGAAUCUGAACUGAAAAAUAAUGAUGAUCUAAUUGCUACGUCUGUAUCAACAUGGCAUACAGGUUCACAUAUUGUCACAACAUUAAUCAACCCUGACGGCAAGGAACGUGCGACAUUAACCAAAAAGACGUUCAUCUCUUGA